AUGAGUUCUAAUGUAAAUAUCACCAACCACAAAUUAGUACAUUCGCCAUUAUUAGAAGCUAAAGUAGUAAUUUUAGGAAGUCAAGGUGUUGGGAAAACUUCAUUAGUUGUACGUUAUGUUCAAAAGACUUUUUCGCCAAAUUGUACGUCAACAAUUGGAGCUUCUUUUAUGACAAAGAAACUUGUUGUAGAUGAUUGUAAAGUGAGACUUCAAAUAUGGGAUACAGCAGGUCAAGAACGAUUUCGAUCGAUGGUUCUAUAUGAUAUUACAUCAGAGGAAAGUUUUUUGGAUAUGAAUGCUUGGAUUGAAGAAUUACGCAAAAAUAUGACGAAGGAUCUAAUAGGUAAUAAAAUCGACCUUGCUCCUAUUGAACGCGCUGUACCGUUUAAAAGAACACAAGAAUAUGUUUCGCGUGUUUUAGGAAGCGAUUAUGCGGUUCAUGAGGUUUCGGCUAAAGAUGAUAAUGGUAUUGAAGAAUUGUUUCUUCAAAUCACACGUAGACUUGUUGAGCGCAAAAACGAUUACGGAAGGCAAAUUUUUAGACCAAAUACUGUUUUAAAAAAGCCUGAUGAUAAUGAAACAGAAAACACCGCACGAUGUGGUGAGAAAUGUAAAAGACGCUAUUACCAGGUUGGAUGGUUUGGACAAGAAGGUUGGUUUAGUAAUGAAGCAAGCGAAGACAUAUCGAAAAAUUUAACUACAAUGAAGACAAUUCUUUUUGGAGAAGGAGAGAAUGAUCCCGUACCGGAAAUAGUCGCACAAUUAGCACAAGAAGUUUACAACAAUGACAUUUUGCAAUUACUAGUCAUUAAUAUCGGGAGAUUUGAAUUCGAAGCAAGCGAAGAAAGACGUGUCACAAAUAUUCAACAACCUUCUAAGAAGAAAAAUUGGUUCGUUAACGCCAACCCGCUUAAUUGCGGAAUGAUCCUGAGAGAAUGCAUUCGACAUGAAUCACUGACUAAAAUCAUUUUAUAUUCACCUCAGUUUUAUAAUUUUUUUGAAUAUGUUGAAAUGAAUACUUUUGAUAUUGCUAGCGAUGCAUUUGCAACAUUUAAGGAAAUUUUAACACGCCAUAAAACUUUGGUGGCCGAGUUUUUGGAUACCAAUUAUGAUAAAUUUUUUGAGUCUUAUACUGAUUUAUUAGAGUCAAAUAAUUAUGUAACUAAACGACAAUCUCUAAAGUUACUUGGUGAAAUUUUGCUGGACCGUUCUAAUUUCACCGUAAUGACAAAAUACAUCGAAAAAGCAGAUAAUUUGAAAUUGAUGAUGAAUUUACUUAGAGAUAAAAGUCGAAACAUUCAAUUUGAAGCUUUUCACGUGUUUAAGCCAGAUAUGGAAGUUAUUAGUACAACGCAAAAUAACGGAUUUGUCCGGUAA